ACGCGCAGUGUUUGAAGAAAUGCCGUGCCGGUUCCUGCUAACCCAUUUUCGAGCUUACGCUGAACAAAACCAAGCCAGCUGGCAUGGCUAGGCGCACAUCGCUAGUUAGAAACGAAAUUUCCGCGCGCAAAAUUCAAUACUUCGUACGCUCGUUUCACAUUUGCCCACAGCUUGAAGAACUCAGCCAGCACGGCGUAUAUUCACUGGUCGCAUGUUGCUCCUCGAACUCUCGUCCGUACGCAGUCGCCUCAAUGUGGCAUAGCUUGAAGGCAAAGUUCUCACACCACUGCAACCGGAAAUGCCAUGGCCCGUCACAAACGAACCAUAUUGCAAGGCAAUCGUGUGCACAACUACAACACCGCCAACGAUCGACCAGCAUAUGCGUCUACAGCAGUCGAACUGCAUAGAUGCGUACAAUCAAAUUGCAACGAUUGCAUCGAUAGUAGUGCGUGCCAGAUAACGUUGGCUACGAAGGUGCGUCGAAAAUCUCGGCAUUCGCCGCCUAGGCGCCAGUUUUCAAUCAGCUUUCAUCUGCCUCUACCCGCAUUUCAAGCGCCGCUACAGAGCCUACUCACGAUCCCGCUUGCGCAAUUACUUUGGCUGCUUUGCUGCCUUAGUCUAGCCCAUCCCACGGUAGCCGAUUGUCCUAGCAUGUGCGAGUGUAAGUGGAAGAGCGGCAAAGAGUCAGUUUUGUGCCUUAAUGCGAAUCUCACACAUAUCCCGGUGCCCUUGGAUGCUGGCACACAAGUGCUCGACUUAACCGGCAACGAUAUUGCCAGCAUACCACACGACACAUUUGCUGCGGUGAAUUUGCUCAAUCUGCAGAAAGUUUACUUGGCCAAAUGUAGAUUGCGCAUUAUCGAGCGAUUUGCCUUUCGCAAGCUCAUCAAUUUGGUCGAACUGGAUCUGAGCUACAAUCUGCUCAGCAGUAUUCCCGCACAGGCGUUCGAAUUCAUAUCCGAACUGCGUGAAAUCAAACUCAACGGUAAUCCAAUUUUGCGGGUGCAAGAUGAUGCAUUCGGUUUUGUGCCGCAGCUGGUGCGUUUGGAGUUGUCCGACUGCAAAUUGGCGACGGUAGAGGUGCGUGCCUUCGCUGGACUCGAGUCCACAUUGGAAUGGCUCAAGUUGGAUGGCAACAAAUUGAGUGAGGUGCGCUCAGGCACAAUAACAUCGCUUACAAAUUUACAUGGCAUCGAGCUGGCACGAAAUCAAUGGAAUUGUUCCUGCGCGCUACGACCGCUGCGAGCGUGGAUGCUGCGUGAAAAUAUACCAUAUGGCAUACCACCUUUGUGCCGUGCGCCAACACGUCUUGCGGGUAAAACGUGGGAUAAAAUUGAUCUAGACGAUUUUGCGUGUGUGCCACAGAUAAUUGCCACCGACACAACGGCGCACGGCGUGGAAGGUCGCAAUAUUACCAUGAGCUGCUUCGUCGAAGGUGUGCCGGAGCCAUCGGUGCGCUGGAUGGUGAAGAAUCGGGUGAUUGCAAAUCUUACAUCAACGGGUGACUCAACUGCAAGUCCGCGCACUGCGGCAGCCACACAAGGCCGCAAAACCUAUGUGGUAAAUAUGUUACGGAAUGCGUCAAAUCUGACCAUACUCACGGCCGAUAUGCAGGAUGCGGGCAUUUAUACUUGCGCAGCAGAGAACAAAGCUGGCAAAGUAGAAGCAUCGGUGACGUUGGCCGUUUCGCGGCGUCCACCUGAAGCGCCGUUGGGCGCAAAAAUUGUACUGCUUUGCAUUUUCAUUGCGCUGCUUUUUGUGGUGGUCUCCUCAUUUGCCGCAAUUUGCUUCUGCUCGCUGCGACGUAAGCGCAAAAUGCGACUGUGGAACUCAGUGCCGCCGGCGCGCACAGAGAGUUAUGAAAAAAUUGAGAUGACAUCUCGUGUCUGCGGUAGCAAUGCAAAUGGGCCGAAUGGUGGAAGUGGUGGCAGCGCAAUGGGUAAUCGGAAACCUGACUUGGGUGGCGGUUCAACAGGAGGUGGCGCGGAUGGUGCUGGCGGCUUCUGCAAUAUUAAUGGCGUUGGUGGUGGUGGUGGUUUAUUUCCUAACGACGAAAACGAUUACCUGCAUACGGCCACUACCCCGCUCAAUUGUGGCUCAGAUGAUGGUGGUGAUACUGGUGUGGCGAUUGUGAACCCGAGUGGUGGCAGUGCCAAACGAAAUGGUGAUUAUCGUAAUAUACCAACACACUGCGACGAUGACGAGGACUGCUUGGAUGCCAAUUAUCAGGCCACGAAAACGAAUUAUGCGGGCGGCAAACACGCAAAUCAAGCAUCAGCAGAGGCGCUUUGGAGAGCCGUAAAUGGUAGUGGCGGUGGGACAGUGGCGGUAGCGUCGGGGAUGCGGGCAAGCCCACAAGACACCAGACGUAAAGCGAGUGCGGGGAGCGGUGGUGCGGAGGGUGACGGUAGCUUGGGGCCACAGCAGUCGGAUUUGCAUAUACCAAGACUCAUCGAAAUUGGCGGAUCUGAGUCUGCCUCGAGUUCGAUUUCAAGUCAAGUGGACGCAGCUGCACGCUUGGGUGGCUACAAACAUAUUCCCACCUGGACUACCACACCCAUCGCUACAACGAAAAUAACCUCACCCCACAGCAAGCACUUGCAGGUUGGUGCCAACAACAAUGCCUACUACGGCAACGACGAAGUCAGCACUUCGGUAUUUUGUAGUGGUGACGGUGUCGAAAAUGAUCUUUUCGACAGCAACUACCCCGAUCUGCUGGAUAUUGCCAAAUACGCAGUGGCGCAAGCGACCAACUCCAACAACAACAGCGGGCACUAUAACGUAGCUGCAGGAGCGGGGAGUUCAGCAAAUGGUGCACUUUGUACGCUACCGCGGAAAUUAAAAAAUACCGGCAAAUUCUUUAGAAGCUCCUCGGAUAGUCAGUCACCGCUGCUGGCGGACAAUUCAAGCAAAUAUGGUAGCAGCACAUUGGGUGAUGCCAGUUUCCUAAAUGAGCUAACUUUGGGCAGAAGAUUUUCCGCUGAGUCGACCUACUCGAAUUAUGUUGGCACAGCUACAUACACCAGCGGACAGCGAUCGAAUAGCUUUCUGAAUUUGGUGCAAAGCACAAAUAAAGGAAAUUUGAUGUUGAGUGGCAGUGGCGCUAUCGGAGCGACGGCAAUGGGAAGUAGUGGCGUGCGACGCAAUCCCAGUUUGCCCUCAUCGCCGAUACACGAUGCACAUCAACAUCAGCGUUCCUUUAGCUCAGCCGCAACGCCAUUGCUGGAUUUCUCCACGCUCACCUCACGUACGAGUGUCUCCACCACGCCUGCGCCCAGUGUUGCAGCCGUGUCGUCUUCGAUGCAUCCCACAACGAACACAUCGACGGUGGCAGCCUAUGACUACCAUGCGGCGCAACUAGAACGCUUUCUCGAGGAGUAUCGUAAUUUGCAGGAUCAGUUGUGUAAAAUGAAAGAGACCUGCGACACGAUACGUAAGAAAGAAGCGCCGAUGCGUGUCUCGGUGGGGCAUUCAGCACAACUGGCCGAUCCUGUGAUGUUCAAUGCGGCACUUGCGGCAAACAAUUCACCUGCUACGAACCCCAAAACGACAACGUUGAAGAGCAAAACGUUGCUGCCGGGCCAACCACCCGAUCCGCCACCUUAUUGGCUGCAUCGCAAUGCAAUGCUAAAACGGCUGAAUGAGUCGCAAUCGGAUAUAUUCAAGAGCUAAUGAGACUGAGGUGAGGUGAAACGAUGUGAAACGAAGCAGCCAGGUUGGUGAGCAACAAGGCUUGAGGAGAGCCAUGGAGAGACUAUUUUUCAAGUAACCAAACUGAGAGUACUAUUGUUCUAGGGUAAAAAAAAAAGUUGAAAAAAUUGUGGUGUCAAACGAGAAGUACUCGCAAAAUAUAUAUAUGCAUUAGGGUGAAUCACUUUUCAUACGAAGAAACAAAAACAAAAAAACUUUAUCACGGUCUUUCCACCGGAAUUGUAACAUGUAUUAUAUUUUAAGACAUCUGCAAAAAAAAAAUAGGAAAAUAAUUAUUUUAUUUGGUUUUACGUGAGCUGGACCUAUUUGAAAGUACCUACCCAAAAACUAGAUUAAAAAAAAUAUUAUAUUAUUAAAAUAUUCCCAAAAAAAUUACCUCUGAUAAUAAAAGUGUUAAAGCUUAAUAGGCCUACUUUAAAAUGUUUAAAAAUUUUACAAACUGUAUAAAAUUUAUGACAUAAUAUUUGCGGGGAAAAAAUUGAGAUAUGAACGGUUUAAUUUUCCUGGUUAUUAAAAAGGUGAGAGAAUAUCUUUCAAUAAUACCUUAGAAGCCCUAUCCUCCUAAAAAGUCAAAAAUUUUAAUAUCGUUCCAGGGCCGCUCUAAUAUUUCAAUAUCAUUUUUGCAGAACGAUUUAUAUUUUGCCUCAAAAUAGGCCUCAGUUCAGCGAUAACCUCUUCUUUCGACCGAAAUUUCUUACCAGCGAGCAUUUUUUUAAGUUUUGCCAUGGUUUUAAUUGCUUAAACAAAAUUUUUUUCUUUGCCAUAUGCGGACGUUUCUUCGUAGUUUCGGCUUUCAAACAUUGGAGCGUUUAUAAUAUUCACUUUUGAUGGUGUUGAAUAGUCGGCGAAUAUUACACCAUGCACAUCUCAAAAUACCGAGACCAUCAUAACCUUUUCAGCCGAUUAAUGUGCUUUUGCGCGCGUUGGACGAGGUUCACUAGUGGCUUCCACUCAGGUGACGAUCGUUUUGAUUCUAUAUUUCAUCCAACUUCUUCUUGUUUUUGGUCAAUAGUGAGAAAAUACGGCACCCACUUUGAACUGAGCUUUCUCAAAGUCAAAUGUUCAUGCACCAUACCCUGCCUUUGAUAUUUCGGGAUUAGACAACAAAAACAAAUUUUAAUCAUCGAAAAUCACUUUAUUCUUUUUUAAAAUAUUCUACAUGAAGCUCUAUACACUUUUGCAUGCGUUUGAACCAAUUGUCGAAGCACUUUUGCCACUCUGAAUGAGGUACCUCCAAAACAUGCAUUCUGAAUGCCGCAACCGCUUCUUCAGGUGUCGAAAAAUGUUGACCUCUCAGUUUGUUUUUGACGUACGGGAAUAAAAAGAAGUCAUUCGGUGCCAAGUCAGGACUAUACGGCGGAUGACCCAUUAAUUCGAUGUUUUGGGUGCUCAAAAAUGCAGUUGUUUGAGCCGAUGUGUGAGAGCUCGCAUUGUCCUGGUGAAGAGUGAUCCGUCUUUGACGAUUAUAUUUAUAUAUAUAAUUGGCGCGUACACCCUUUUUGGGUGUUUGCCGAGCUCCUCCUCCUAUUUGUGGUGUGUGUCUUGAUGUUGUUCCACAAAUGGAGGGACCUACAGUUUUAAGCCGACUCCGAACGGCAGAUAUUUUUAUGAGGAGCUUUUUCAUGGCAGAAAUA